AUGAGAACGCCUUCCUCCGAAGUAAUCGUCUCAUGGUCAAAGCCAAACCAUACAAAUCCAAGCUACCAAGGCCCUCAACUGCUUAUUAUUGGUGUUAUCCUUAUAAUCAGCAGCUCUGCCAUACUGAGUCUACGACUAUGGGUUCGUAUUCGAAUGAAGAGAUGCGCUGGGUGGGAUGACUGGAUUAUGGUUGCUGUUAUUCCCUUCAUCAUCUGCUCUACCGUGACUACAAAUUUAGGAACUAAGUAUGGAUUGGGUUACCAUAUCUGGGACAAUAAACCAGAAUGGUUGAAACCUUCACUGAUGACAAGUUAUUUUAAUCAACUUCUUAUUGUGAUUAUCAUGACACUUGUUAAAGUUUCUCUUCUUAUCUCAUAUCUCCGAUUCCUGACAGUGUCCACAUUCAGGCACCUAAGCUGGGCAAUUAUUGCGUUGAUACUUGUCUGGGGCCUAUCAUUCCUUAUUACAAUUCUCGUAGCUUGCAGACCUCUUCACGCAUACUGGGACACCACACUUGACUCAAGUGCGGAAUGUUCUAACGAACAAGCUCGCACUCUCGCCUUUACAAUAACAAACCUCAUUUUUGAUAUCAUUGUCUUAAUCCUCCCAGUGCCAACACUCUGGAAGCUUCAACUCCCAAUCAGAGAAAGGCUGGUGUUGAUUGGCCUAAUGAGUCUGGGCAUAGUGGCAUGCGCUGCCUCGGCAGUUCGCUUAUACUACGCUAACCGAAUAUACAAUAUCUCCUUUGAUGUAACAUGGGAUGGUUACCAACUCUGGCUCUGGGUUCUUGUUGAGAUCAAUCUCGCCGUGAUAUGCGCCUCCAUCCCAACCAUCCGCCCUCUUGUGCGUAGGUACCUACCCCAACUAGGCUUCAAAGGAUCUAGUUACGCUCAGCACUUCAACAUGGAUGAUACAAAAUAA